AUGGACAGGAUUCUUCGUGCAGUAUCAUUAUUUAUUCCUCCGUUCCAGGCUCAUAAAAGAUCAGAAUUGGCACGGAAAGUCAAGUUAAUUACAUUUCAAAAAUGCUAUGACUCGAUAUCAUCCCAAAGCUUAACAGACAGCCUUGAUUUAGGCCAAAUACUCCAGCGAACCUUCCACAAUGAUCCGAACCGUCGGUCGCACCUUGUUCUUUUCCUAGGACAUCAAGCUCAGAACUCGAAAAAGGUAGUUGUGGGUGCAUACUUCCCUAGCUGUACGCAGACCCCAGCUUCAGAGGUGGAAAAGAAGCCGGAAAAGAUAGACAAAUCGAGAAUCACUCCUCCAUUACUUCUAUUCCAGCUUCAGCCAAGCUUCAGCUUGUUUCGAUGGAACGGAGAGGGCAGCAUGUCUUCGUCUCAAGCAAACGACAGUGCCACAGGGUAUACCGACCACCCUAACUACAUAGGGGGUCCCACUCAAUCGAAGGUGGGAGUGGAAGUUGACUCCGUCACAGGACAGGCUACAUUUCUGCGAAGCACAGCUACCACCGCCAAUGGGAUGUCAGGCGUGUAUGAAGAGGUUACUACCAGUAGGAAGCAUGACGGGGCAGAGACCAUUAAUGAAGAUCAGCAAGAGCGAAGAACAACCUUUACAGUCACCCACAUUGCCAUAUUUAACGUGGAAGGUGGGCCACAUUACGAUUAUACUCGGUGA